AUGCCCCCUACAUCUUCUACAGGAUACGGAGGUUAUAAUUCCCCUCGUAAUGGUGCUAAUCUACCCCCAUCCACCAGUGUUCCGUCUCCCAUCAACCAGGGACCAGUCAGUGGUAAACAAUUGUGUUCAGCCUGCCAUCAAGAAUUAGGUUUUGGAGCUGCAAUGAUAAUCGAGAAACUCGGUCUAUAUUACCACAUGCCAUGUUUCAAAUGUUGCGUCUGUCGAAUGACCUUGGGAAAUGGAGUGGAAGGAGCAGACGUGAGAAUCCGUGUCAAUAAAUUACACUGUCCUAAUUGUUACAGCAAUGAUGAAGGUACACAACACGGGUGAAGAAGGCGAUGUCAUGUGACAGUCAUGUGACAGGAAGCUACAGCUGGAUUAAAGUUCAGUAAAGUUUGAUGAUGACUAAACACUGGAAUUCAUCAUAAUAUACCAUAAUCAACCAGAAAUAUAACAAUACCAAAUAUAGACAUGAACUAGUAUGCAUGUAUGAAUGGAAAGUGCUUACUAUAUUAAUAUAUUCUAAACUGUUAUGAAUGGUAUGACUAAAACUUGUAAUGAACCUAAAUCAACAAAAUUUAAAUUGGCUUCAGAUAACAGAGAUAUUUAACUGCUUCAAGAUUGCCAUUACAAUUGCAUAAUAAUAUAUUAUUUUGUGCACAGAAUGUUAUUCAAUGUAGGCAAAAUUUGUUUGGAUUAAUUUCAAAAUGACACAAUGUUGCAAGUUUUUGACAAGUCUUUGUAAUUUGUCUGUGUUCAAAAAGUGUUUAUUAUGUUAACAGUAAUUAGCAAUAUCCAUAGUAAAAAGUGUAUAGCUUAUAGGCCCUCUAGUAUUUGUAUGUUCUUCAUUCUAUAGUAGAUUACUAUCUUAUUUGCCGAAUGUUUGAUUAAAUUAUUGCUAUAGAUAAUGUUUAUUCAUAAAUUACAUUGAUUAAACCCAUAAAAAGUGGGAAGUCUAUUGGCUACCCAUUGUGUAUUUGUGACUUUACCAAAAUUGCACCAAAAAGAGGCAGGUGUUAAUCUUAAACUUAAUAUUAAUUAAUGCAUUUAAUGAUACAAUUACACAGAAUUUUUCAAAAAAUAAAUUCUAAAACAGAAGACCAAACUAUUCUGAUUUUCAGAAAUUAUACGAGGGAAUAAUUUGAAUUAUAUUUAUCAAAAAUGUUUUGACAGUCAAUUCAAAAUUAAUCAUGUUUUUGUAGAAAAAGUGAUGAAUUUGGACAUUAAAAAUGAAAAAAUUUAGGUGUCAAAUAUAUAGUGCUAAUAUUAAUUUAUUGACAAAAUAGAAAAUAUUGUGAAAAAGACUUAAUUUUUGUCUCAAGUUAUUUCGUUUUUUGUUUGUUUUUGUUUACAUUUCUGUUCAUUUGCUUUUGUUUUCAUUUUGUUUUGUUUUGUUUGUUUUUUUCACCAGUGUUAGAUAUUUUUUUGCAUUUUGUAGCUUGUUGAAACACAUGGGUAUGCUUUGUGCUGAUCUGAAAUGUUGCUGUUGUUUUUGAGAGCCUGAUUUUCUCACCUCAACUAGAACAAUAUGAAUAUAGGCAUUGAUAUUUGAAAAUAAAAUGCCUCUUUUGUUAGUUACUCUUCUAUCCUGAGAAAAUUCCCUCAUUUCCCAUUGCAUGGCGUCGCCUGUUUAUAUUAGUCUAAUUAGGAGCUUUCGUUUAAUUUUGUCACAGUUUCUAAAACUGUUGUUACAGUCAUCCUGGCACUUGAAAUUGGAAGAGGCAUUUAAGGAAUUUAAGAAAACUGAUGGUCCUUCACCAGCUAUCCGCCCUGUGUUUAAUAAUGUUAUACUACGAUUUGAUUGUAUAUUAAAAACUAUUUGUAGCUUGCUUCAUUUCAAACAUCCCAUGUCAUUAUGAAACCUCUAUUUUUCUUGUAUGUGAUAAAGGAUAUCCAUUGAUAAAUAACAAGUGAACCAAACAAUCUGAAACUGGAAGAAAAAGGUGUCUACUUUUUGGUGCGAGCCUCAGUAACUUUACUUAAGAUGAUUUAAGUGUUCCAGUCAUCUGAUUAGUUAAUCAGUUUUAAGCUGAGUUUUAUUAUCCAAUCAGAUCACUGUAUUUCUAAUAAUCUGACAGCGUAUUCUCCAACGAUCUUAGCGGUAGGGUUUCCCAAGGUAUUAACUUCUAACAUUAUUUCUAGGAUAUCCUAGUGUUUACUAAGAUCGUUUCCAGAAUACGUGGCUUGGAUAUUUUUUUUUUAUCUUACUAAAGUUUUGGAGAUUAAGGCCCAUGAGUUGUCUUCAAGGAAUCUGUAAAAAAAAUACAAACCUCAUCAUAGACUAAAUAAAGACUAGAGAAAUUGUAAAUAUGAAAAUGAUAUAUUGUAUAUUGACAUAGUUUAUUGUACGAAUGAAAUUCCUAUUUUUAUAUACACCAAGCAAUUUAUUUUGUAGAAUAUAAUUCCAUAUUAUCACUUAAUAUUAAAACGAAAUGUUAAUUUGCAUUUCUUCUUCAUUUUAUAUGACUAAAGUGACAGAAAUCCACUAAAAGUUACAGAUAAAAAAAUUGUUGCGUAACUGUGGAAUUGAACAUAGAAAAAUAUCAAAAUUAGUCUUAACCUUUAAUAAUUGGGGAACAAGAAAAAUAGGGUCACACUGGAAUCGAAGUAUUCAAAACUGAAAUGCCACUGGACAGUGCUCAGUCUGUCCUCAGUGAAUUUAUAUAAACAUGAAGAUAUUAUACUCUUCGCACAUUCAAGUUCAUGUUAUCUUGAUGAAACUAAUUUUGAACACAAACACAAUCCUUGUUUCUCCAGGAACCAUAGAUUUACAAACUUGUCCAACUGGAAAAUGGAGCCAUUCAUCGGCGGAAACGAUUCGAUGUCCUAUUGUUUAACAUGUAAGGGAAGAGUGGCGGUAUUAUUUUUUGGGCACGUUCAAAUUCAUGUAUUCCAAACUGACUGGUUCUUCAGAUGCAUCAUUAGCAUCAAUUUUUAUUGAAUCUGAAUUGUUUCCAAGUAAAGU